UUGGCGCAGAAAGUCGAACAGAAAAACCUUAUUUUUAUCGCUACUUUUUAGCAUUAAAAUCUUUCCUUUUCAGCUCAAUGCCGGCUCGAAGAAAGAGAACUAAGCUUCAACAAGCUAGGCGUAAACGGCCUGCCCUUCCAGAAGGUGAUCUGGAGACUUCAAUGAACGAUGAAGAAAGACGACAAAAGCUUGAAGUUUAUCUCCAAGACUUUGAUGUCCAAGUUAAAUCCAGAAUCAUUAAAAUGCGAUCUCAAGCCAAUUCUCUAAAUUCUAUGAUAAAAAAUGCCUAUAAACUGGAAAUCCUGAAACUUCCACCGAAUAUUAGGAAGAUGAAAGUGGUAGACUAUUUAGCACAAGGUGGCAAGGUUAAUGAUACAGCACUACAAGAGGCAUCAAAGAUUGUAACAAAUAUGACUGACGCUGUGUUCCAGAAUGCUCCAAGAGCACCUCUUGAGGAUGUAACAAACGUAGACAGUCUCCAAACCCCAGCUAGAUCAACAAGAAAGAAGAAAGCCAAACCUGCUGAGGUAACAGAACCAGCCUCAACAGGAAGAGCUUUAAGAUCAACCAGAAAGAGGAAAAAUGUGGCCAUGUCACCAUCCUGUAAGGCCAAAAGCAAAGCACAAAAAGUAGAUGAUUCUGCCAUGCCACCUCCUCAGUCAACUACAAGAACCACAAGGAGUAAUGCAUCUAAAGUGAACAACCAAUUCGUGACCCCAGCAGCUACUGGGCGAGGCAAGCUGCAAACUCUAUUUGUGACCCCAAAAUUUGAUCCAAGAUUGCCAGUGACACCUGCUUUGUUACGCGAACCAAAAGCUGGAGAAAGGAUAAUGUCAAUGAGCGGCUCACCCCUGGCCAAUUCCUCUGCACUUGCCCACACACCACAAGUAUUCAUCCCAAUAGGAAACGGAAAGACAUUUCAGUUCUCCACUGAAUGCCAUUUGAGUCCAUCUCAGGCUCCCUCGUUGAGUGAACGAGCCAGGAAAAAUGUAGAAUUACUUCAGGAACAACUCUCUCGUCUGUUGAAAGUACCAUCGCAACUUACCAAGAAAUGAACAAGACAUGGUACACAUUUGUAAAUACCACAUAAUUAUGUACUUCAUCCUUCAGUACUCUAGUGAUUGUUAUCCCAGGAAAGAGGAUAGACUCCACCAUGCCUCCCUACGUAGUCUUUCACAAUAUUCUAUUACAAAGAAUACCAGUGAAUAGAGAAUGAUGUAUGUACAAACUACCUACUCCUCUCCCCUUUCUGUAAAACUUGAUCAAAUUCGAUUCUGUCAGGGGUGGGGUCGAGAAUUUUGACUUAUCGAUCACUGACGACAAAAAAUCGAUCCAAAACUGAAGAUCCAUCAAUAAAUUUCAUUAAUAUUUCCAUACAGCCAUUGAUUUCCAUGUAAAAAACUAAUCUGAAUGUCGUACAAUCUCGAAAAAUUAUCGAUCCAGAAAAACAAAUGUCUUGCAAUCCCGAAAAAAUUGUCGAUCCAGGAAAGCAAAUGUCUUACAAUCCCAACAAAUUAUCGAUCCAGGAAAACAAAUGUCUUACAAUCCCGACAAUUUAUCGAUCCAGGAAAGCAAAUGUCUUACAAUCCCGACAAAUUAUCGAUCCAGGAAAACAAAUGUCUUACAAUCCCGACACAUUAUCGAACCAGGAAAACAAAUGUCUUACAAUCCCGACAAAUUAUCGAUCCAGGAAAACAAAUGUUUUACAAUCCCGACAAAUUAUCGAUCCAGAGAAUGACAUCUUAAUUUCCCAAGACAUCAUCAGUGAAUCUGAAACGAACUUGUAUUUUAAAAUUUUAUUUGUUGUAUUGAUAAAUAAGUAGUACAAUAAAUGUAACUGUUUAGUUUUUA